AUAUGAGAAGGGGAGAUUCCUGGCACUCCUAUACUGCCUGCAAGUAAAGCAGGGGAUGAAAGCAAGCUUAACCCAGUCAAAUAAAGGCUACCUAUGGAGCCGGGGAGGCUGCGUGAGAAUCCUCCCGGAUCUGGUGAGCCCGAGGCCGGGGAGUGGAAAGAGGAAAGGCCCGGUGUAGAUCCGGAGGAGGAGAGAAAGCGCAGCGGCGGCGGUGGCACAGCAGCAUCCCAGCCAGGGUGUGCCCAACCCGGCCGAGUCAAAGAUAAAACCGCGACCGGGGAUGAUGAUGAGGAGGAUCAAUACGAGGAUGAAGAACUGGACCCCAGAAUCCAGGAGGAACUGGAGCAUCUGAACCAGGCCAGCGAUGAGAUCAACAGACUGGAGCUUCAGCUGGAUGAGGCGAGGUCCAGCUACAGAAAGAUCCUCACCGAAUCAGCGCGGAAACUCAACGCUCAGGGCUCACAGCUCGGUGCCUGCAUAGAAAAAGCCCGGCCUUACUACGAAGCACGCAGACUAGCUAAAGAGGAGACGCAGAAGGCAGCGCUGCGCUAUGAGAGGGCUGUCUCCAUGCACACGGCUGCCAGAGAAAUGGUCUACGUAGCUGAGCAGGGUCUCCUGGCUGACAGGAACACGCUGGAUCCAACCUGGCAGGAAAUGCUAAACCAUGCAACAGCCAAGGUGAACGAGGCGGAGGAGGAGCGUCUGAGGAGCGAAAGGGAGCACCAGCGGGUCACCCAGCUGUGCCAGGAGGCAGAGGCACGGGUGCAGACUCUCCAGAAGGCCCUCAAGAGGGUCAUCAUCAAGUCCAAACCGUACUUCGAACUCAAGGCCCAGUUCAACCACAUCUUGGAGGAGCACAAGGCCAAGGUGGUCCAGCUGGAGCAGCGCGUGGCGAAGGUGAAAACCCGCUACUCGGUGGCCCUGCGAAACCUGGAACAGAUCAGCGAGCAGAUCCACGCCCAGAGGGGCCGCGCCCGCACCGCCAGGCAGAGGAACCGCGCCCGCGGCGGGCGCAGCUCUCCCGUAGGGGCGGAGUCUGAGGUCGAGGCGGUCAUACAGGCGGGGGCUUACGGGGGGGUCGGGUCGAGCCUGCUGGAGAACGACUGGGCCGACCAGGAGAGGACCAGGCGGUGGGUGGAGAAGCACCGGGAGGCCGGGUGGGGCCAGGCGGCGGAGAGGGCGGGCUCGGACUCGCUGUCGGUCAUCAGCCUGCAGACCAUCGCGUCGGACCUGGAGAAGUGCGACUCCGUGGAGCACCUGGGCAACCUGAGCGACGUCGGGAGCAUCGUGGGCGAGGAGCAGGACGGCGCCAGCGUCUUCAGGCGGGGCAACGAGGGCGAUAAGGCGGCACCCGGGGCCGAGCGGCAUCAGAAGGACCGGGAGAACUUCGUGAAGCAGCACCACCGCAGCGUGAGCUUGUGAGGAGCCCGGACGAUACCGCAGCUGUUCACGCUAAUCGCUCACGAGCGGCGGCGCUACGAGUCUCAGCUUUACACCGCGACGACGUAAUCGGCAGAACGCAGCGCGAGUGAGAGAGAAGCGUGAAAGGUUGCACCGGGAAGGCAUCGGGCGGCUCCUCCAGGACGCCGCCUCUCUCAGAACUCAUUUUACUCGGUAAUAUAAAGGGAGGAAUGGAAAAUGUAGCGGGGAGAAGAAGUCCUGGUGUCACUUUCGUAACGCUGCAUAUAGAGCAGAGCCGAAUCUGAUACUCGCCUCCGUAUUAAUGAAUAACAAGAAGGCAGGACGCGGACCGGCGGCUCAGCACGACGUCCCGCGCGAGCCGGAACAAAAAUGCAUCGAUUCAGUUUAUCAGUGUUGCACAGGGGUGCAUGAAUUUGAUUUUGAUUCCGUCUUGGCCCGAAGGUACCGAAUUGGUACUGGGUUUUGAUUUUAGCAACAUAGGGUGUCUGAAAACCU